AUGGUCAUUGGGAGCGACGUUAUUCCCCAAAUUCUCACACAAGGACUAUAUCAUGUUGCAGACGGCACACUCCUGGCGCAGAACACGAUAUUCGGAUGGAUAAUUAGCGGACCAAUAGCUGAAAAGGUGACGUCAUUCACAACCCAAGUCAUGGAACCCUCGAACGAUGCUCUCAAUACGCUAUUGAAGAAAUUCUGGGAGCAGGAGGAAGUAUACCCUACCCAACCCCGUUCAAAGGAGGAUGAAUACUGCGAGAACCUGUAUGUAGCCACGACAACCCGUCAAGAAAAUGGAAGGUACGUUGUAAAACUGCCUUUCAAGCAAGAAUUUCCUACCACUACAGCACUUGGCCAUUCUCGUCCGGCAGCACAGCAGCAGUACUUAAGCGUAGAGAGUACGCUGCAACGAAAACCCGAACUGCGCGACAAAUAUAACGAAGUGCUAGAGGAGUACGGACAAAUUCUGUCAGCGGUAGCGAAACUGUUCGACCCGGCAGGAUGGCUAUCGCCAAUAAUGGUCAUGGCGAAAAUCCUCCUCCAACAACUCUGGAUGGAAGGGACCGGGUGGGAUGAAGCGGUAAAACCAGGCUCUCUAACAAAAUGGAACUCAUUCCGAGAAAGCCUUCCAGCAAUAGAAGACAUAAAAAUACCCAGGUGGGUGCAGUUCACGCCAAAGCAGUACAUUGAACUGCAUGGAUUUUCGGACGCCUCCGAAAAGGCAUUCUGUGCCUGUGUCUACAUAAGAGUCCAACUCGGCGAAAACUCGUUCGCGUCCUCACUACUUGCCGCAAAAAGCAAGGUUGCACCCCAUCAGACCGUAAGUCUGCCCCGCUUGGAACUCUGCGGAGCGGUUUUACUCUCAAAACUGAGUAAGCAAAUCCGAUCCGAACUCAAUCUGCCCUCUCAUGAGUUAAUCCUUUGGACAGAUUCCGCGAUCGUGCUGGCCUGGAUGGAGAAGCCUCCACAUACGUGGAAAACAUAUGUGGCCAACAGAACUUCCCAAAUUGUGGAAAAUGUAAAUAAUGCCCCUUGGCGCCACGUUCCCAGUCACGACAACCCUGCCGAUUUAGGCACCCGGGGGUGCAAACCUCAAGAUCUUGCCGCAAGCACUCUCUGGUGGAGAG